AUGGCUGCGCUCGGCCAAACCAUAGCGGUGUUCGACAAGUCGGGGAAGAUGGUGAGCACAAGCAAACACCUAUUUGGGGUGUUCAAAGAAGCUAGAUUAGCUUAUCGAGAACGCAAAGCCGAAAUCAACGCAGGCAAAGCGAUUAAGAAUGCGGAGCUGGAAGCUCGCCGAGCAAUGGCGAAUUAUCACAUUCACGAUUCCCGAUCCGUGGCCUCCUCAAGAAGAUACCCUGGAAGAUCGAAAUCUGUGGCUCGGCACAGUGAAUUAGAUCGUCAUCCUUCGCGCCGGUAUCCUCACGGAAUCGAACAAGACACGGACACCGUUUACUCCCACCCAGAUCAUAUGCCAAAGCGGGAACUCUCACGUCGCCACACUUCCAAUGCUGUCGCUGCUCAGCCCCAAUAUCUCCACCCCAGCAAUCGGUCUCGUUCCGCUCCCAAUGUUGACAUGGACCUGGCAUACGGUGAAUACCACCCUGCCUCGCUAGAGCGGGUGACCUCGAAUCCCGAGGACAUGAUGAGUAGCCUAGUCGCAAAAGCCAAAGGGCUUCUCAUUGAGGCCGAAUGUGCUCAACAUUCCGCGCAUGCCACGAUGGCCCAUUUGCAGAAGAACCCCGAUGCUAUGGCUGCCGUAGCGCUCACAUUAGCAGAAAUCAGCAAUCUUGCCUCCAAGCUAGCUCCAUCAGCACUGGCAGCCUUGAAAUCCAGUUCACCAGCCAUAUUUGCGCUUUUAUCAAGCCCUCAAUUCAUGAUUGCCGCUGGGGUCGGAAUUGGUGUUACAGUCGUCAUGUUCGGGGGUUAUAAGAUUGUCAAGCGCAUCCAGGCCGCGAACAGCACGCAGCCAGAAGGCAGUACGGAUGAAUUGAUAGAGCUCAACCAGGAUGUUAGUCGCGUGGAGAGCUGGAGGCGUGGCGUUGCUGAUUUCGAGGCGGAAAGUGUCGCGACCUCCGUUGAUGGAGAGUUCAUUACUCCGCGGGCUGCUGCUGUCUCUGGAAUCUUCCCUACCGACCAUAGCAAUCACCACCGCCUUAGAUCGGAGUAUGGAGGCGGGGGUCGACGAAGUGUCAGAGGCGCAGAGUCUGUCAGGGAUACCGCGUCGCACUACACACAUACGACCAGAAGUUCCAGACGGUCAAGACGCACCGGCGCUCCUCCGACCGAAUCGGGUGAUAGGGACAAGAAAGCCAAGAAAAAAGACAAGACGAAGAAGCAUAGUCCUCUACGACUUCUAUUCAAGCCCAAAUAA